AUGAACGCUACUUCUGCCGCAAUGCCCAAGGCCGCGGCUAUCCCCGCUCGUUUACUCCGGACUUCGCGACGAUACUCUGGCCAGGGCCCGACGACCAGCGUUCGAUCUUCCACCCAGGCCAGGUGUUACUAUGCUUCGACAAUAUGCUCAAUUGAAAAGCGCCCGCGAGAUGGUGUUAGCAACAAGAAACCUGUGUUUCUCUCGUCAAGAAUCUUCCAUACGACUAGUCCUCUGGCGGCGAUUCCCGAUCCAUACAAGGUUUUAGGCGUUGACAAAGGCGCAUCUGCAUCGGAUAUCAAGAAGGCUUACUAUGGAUUGGCGAAGAAAUAUCACCCGGACACCAACAAAGACGCAGAGGCCAAGGAAAAAUUUGCCGAGGCGCAGUCAGCGUACGAGUUACUUUCCGAUGCCAAAAAGCGAGAAAACUACGAUCGAUUCGGUUCCGCAGCUUUUGACCAGAACGGCGGCUUUGAUCCAAACGCAGCCGGCGGUAAUCCGUUUGCUGGCGCCGGAGGUUUCGGUGGCUUUGGAGGCGGGUUUCCUGGGGGAUUUGCAGCCGAUAUCAACUUUGAGGAUCUUUUCGGUGCUUUUGCAGGCGGUGCCCGUCGUGCUGGUCGAGGCCGACGGGGCCCGUUCCAGGAAAUCCUGGUAGGAGAGGACGUCGAGGUCCAAACCAGCAUUUCCUUUAUGGACGCUGCAAAGGGCACUUCGAAAGACAUUGUCAUUAACCCACUCACUCAAUGUGGUACCUGCAAAGGUGAUGGGCUGAAAAAAGGCGCCAAACGCACCCAGUGUCGCCAGUGCAACGGUUCUGGUACCCGAGUGCAUUUCAUGCAGGGAGGCUUUCAGGUGGCAGCCACUUGCGACGCUUGUGGCGGUGUAGGUGUGAUGGUUCCUCGUGGGUCCGAGUGCGGUUCUUGCAACGGCAACGGCGUGGUGAGAGACCGGAAGACGAUCCAGGUGGAUAUACCCGGUGGUGUAGAAGAUGGGAUGCGCUUGCGGGUGGCUGGCGAAGGCGAUGCACCGCCCGCUGGGGUGUCUGCUGCCCCGGGCACUCGGACACAACGCGGUGAUCUAUACGUCUCGAUCCGGGUUUCCCCCGACCAUCGAUUCAGUCGCUCCGGCUCCGAUAUUCUUUACACCGCUUCGAUCCCUCUCACCACUGCUCUCCUUGGUGGUGAAGCGACCGUGCCAACAUUGGACGGCGAAGUCAAGGUCAAGGUUGCAACCGGUACGGGCACUGGCGACCGAAUCACCCUGUCUGGGAUGGGAAUGAAGAAGCUCAGUGGCCGAGCCCGGGGUUUUACUCCUACUGGGGACCUGAAGGUCGAAUUCAAGGUGGCCAUGCCGAAAUACUUGACGAGCAACCAGCGAACCAUUCUGGAAGUUCUCGCGGAUGAGAUGGGCGACAAGACCGCCAAGCGCAUUAUGGACGUUGGGAAGCAGAGCCCUUCUGAACCCCCAUCAUCCCCGUCCGGAGACUCAUCCAAGGGAGAAGGCUUCCUCAAGUCCGCCUGGCACAAGCUCAUGAGCCACAAGAAGGCCUCGGAAUCCUCGAGUUCAACGGACGAGGCGAGCAAGAAGAACGAUUCUGGCGACUCCAGCAAGAAAGACGACAAGAAGUCAGGCUCGAGCUGA